AUGAAGAUAGAGAAAGAGUGGGAAGAGGAAGAAAAGGUUAGGAAGAGAAGUAAAGUUAUGGAAGUUGAAGAUAAGAAUAAUGAAGGUACUGGCAACUACAUCAACGAAGUCAAAGAUACAUUCCCCUUUGGUUGCUUCUUAUGCAGAUUGCCUUUCGUUGAUUCAGUUGUCAUUACUUAUGCAAAGCAUUACCUACCUAAGAGAGUCCUCUGCUCAACCUUUCAUCACUUUGAAAUUCACUUCGAGGUGCAGGGGAGGAUCACAGAAGAGGACGUCUGA